UCGUUUGAUCCACAUUUUAUUCCACGCCCGUACUCUCCAUGUCUGUUGAUGAGCUCAAGCAGUUCCUCGUCGGACUUCCCGCGGCGUUGGACUACAUCGUGCCUCUGGGAGUGAACCAUAACGUCUUCAGAGCUCUCUACUACUGUGCCACCAAUAAAGGACAAUGUCUUUCCACCAUUUUGCCGUCUGUGCCUCUCCCGGAGAUCGAAAAGAUCCAGCUUCAAGGUCUAAACUUUGCCUUUCUGCUCAGCGAUGAAAACAAACUCUUCUAUCGUAACUCCAGACGCCUGGCUUCUAAUGCCUCUCAUUACUCCCAUCCUCGGGGCAAAGUCUGUGCCCGUCUGUUUCGAAGCAAGGAACCUGUCUAUCGUUGCGAGGAGUGUGGUUUCGAUAACACUUGUGUGCUUUGCUUCCAUUGCUUCAACAAGGAUGACCACAAGGGCCAUAACGUGACCAUGUACAUUCUGGAAGGCAACAGUGGAGGUGUCUGCGAUUGCGGAGAUCCAGAAGCUUUCGUCAAAGAGCUCAAUUGUAAGUGCCAAAUGCUGCAAAAUAACAAUGAUGACAACCCGAUGGAUCUUCUGGCCAUGGAGUCGUCGCUUAGGGAAACGAUUACCGUCUGUCUCGACUAUAUCCUAGACGUCUUGAACUACUCUGUCCAUGCUUUACCAUUUAUCCACGACAACAUCAACAAGGAGGGCUCUAAACUUACCCUGGCAAUGCUCUCAGACUACUCGAGCCUCCCCAAAAAAGCCUAUGGUAAUGCAGAGGACAUUAAUUCCAACGACUUGUGGUACUUGAUUCUUUGGAACGAUGAAAGACACGAUUUUCCCCAGGCUCAGGAAGCUAUUAUAUUAGCUUCAGGUGUUUCUGAGGAAAAAGCCCAUAAGAUUGCAACUCAGAUCAACGAAUCUGGAAGAGGAAUCUUAAGAGAAGCAAAAGAUCCACGCAAUCUAGUAAAAAGCCAGAAGCUAGCAGAAACAGAGGGUCUUGUGGCUACCAUUAUCUCGGCUAGAGAUUACAUGAGAGACGUAAUUGUAGGGCUGAUCUUGGCAUGGUUGGCCGACUUGUCGCAAUUUGCCAACAACCCCACCUUCAGUGAUAUGACCAGAACCAUUUUGUCGGAUUUGCUCCUUGCCAAAGGGCAUCAGUUUGCUAAGCCAAUGCCAGUGAGUUUUUUCGAUACUUUUUCCGUAAAUGUAGAAAGAAAAGCAUUUGAAAACGGACUUUUACUCGACAAUGGUGAGAUUGUAAAUGGAGGAUUGACAAAGGUCAAAGAUGACUUCGAAAUCACCCAUAUGGAAAGAGCGUCCCAUUUUGUACUAGAGCAUAAGAGUAGCCUUGACCAUGGCAAUAUAGCCAAUUCACGGUUUCAGUACUUACUUCUAUUUCAGAUCAGAAUGUCGAAACCAAUGCGUGAAUUGCUACCCUCUGUUAUCAUUCCACCUUUAAUUGCCGAAUUACACAAGAAAGUAGUCUGUUCUCAACAGUUUAUUGAGAUAUACCCUUCCCUAAUCACUACGCUAGCUCUUUCAGACAGAGAGGAAGACUUAAACAUUCUUCUGGACAUCUCGUCACAGCUAUUCACAUGUCCCAAAACAGUAAAAUCAAUCCUCAGAAGCGGUCAAGUAGGUAAUGUAAUUGGCCCUGUACUGCAGUUGAUAGAAGAACACCAUUCCAAGUGGAAUUUCCGCACGGGUUACCCCAAUUUCAUAUACAUUGAAGAUUCCAGUCCAGAACGGAAGUUCAAGUCCAUAACUAAAGCAGUGAAGUGGGGUAUCCACGACAUUGGUCAUCUUGCCGAUAAAGAACUAGCUUCUGACAGCUUGUAUGUGUUCUACGAGAGGGAUACCUUGGUGAUGUUGCUUUUAUUCUUGCGAAACUUCCAGGGAUACUGGCCCAUCAAAAGAAAAAAGGGAGACCAUGUUGAGCAUGAAGUGUUUGAUUUUAUGGUCCAUUUAGAAUAUUCCAUCCCCGUUCUUAAUAUAGCGAAAUCUGUAGCAACUAGAUCUGUCGAUAUUGCUCUCGUUAACAAAGCGAUUGCACUUAUUGUUGCCUUUUUGGAGUUGAGAAAAUUUGAUGUGAAUCGCGAUCCAAAUUUCCGGGUAAGCAAUGACAUGGUUUCGUUUGUAAACCCCAUCAACUCGUUCUUAUCAUAUAUGAUCCAGUAUCAACAGCCUGAGUUUCCGAGAUACAUUGGCGAGGAUAGAUUUUGGCGGAUCUCAGAGAUUUCCUUACGAAGUAUUGUCUUAGGGUCGCAAGUCAAAGUUGGUCUUUGGAUCAGAAACGGAAACUCAGUUUCUAGACAGGCUUCGUUGUAUUUCGAUGCUAUUUUGAGCGACCUAACUUAUCUCAGAGAUUUACAUUUGAACCAGGUCAACUUGAUGACCGGGGACCCAACUUGGGCUUUGUACAAUUUACUUGGCGCAUGGGAACUCCUUGAUUGGUACUAUGGCAAUGACACACAUUCUACUACAGUGUACCAAGACAGAUUCAACACUAUUUCGGAAAAGUUCAUCGUUUUUCUCUACAACAUGAUUACCGACCGGAGUGCUUUUUCACGCACCAGCCCUGAAGAGAGACGACUCGCCAACGCAGGAAAGGCCAUAGCUUAUGCUCUUUGUGACGAACCCAAAUCGUACUCGUUCCUCAAGAGCUCUAUAGAUUCUGAUAUCUCAGAGUUGCCUGAAUUCGAUGACGUCUUGUUAGAGUAUACUGACUACCAAGCUCCAUCAGGUUUGGUUGAUGCAGGCCUUUACCGGUUGAAGCCUGAAAUCUUCGAAAAACUCGAUCCGUUGAGCAUUUUCUUGGAUCCCAGUAAGUUCCAGGUAGUGACUGAGUCUUUGGUAAAGAGUAUUGCUAAAGGCAAAGGAGUCAAAGAAGAAUCGGUGGUCUUGGAGCCAGUAUUUACAGAAACUGAUAUUCCUUUUGUUAAAAGAGAUAUUGGCAAGUUUGCAAAGACGAAAGAUUUUGCCAAAUUGAUCUACAAGUACUUACAAGUAGCUUUGGAUACAUCUGAUGAAACUUAUCUUCCGCAACUUCUUCAUUUGAUCCAUGCUAUUUUGAAGGAUGACGAAAACUUAAAUGGACCUAACUAUUUGAAUGAGAAUUUUAUCAAUAUUCCCAUCGCUGAUCUCCUCCUUACAAUUGUGGAAUCAACAAUGUCUAAGUAUGUGGUCAACAAGGCUGAUUUCUUGGUCGAUCAGUUUGUUGUCAAGGAUCUGAGAAUAAUUGAUAAUCUUAUUGAUUGCUUUGGGGAAGAAUUCAUGACGUCGUAUAAACGUAAGAAGACGAGUUUAUUUGAGACAGAGGCGGGGAAGAAGAAGCGUUUAGCUGAAGAAAGAAAGAAUAAGGUAAUGAAGAAGUUUGCCAAGAGAAGAGAAAAGUUCCUAGACAAGAACAAGGAAUUUGGACAAGAUAGUCAUAUAGGAACUAAUGAUGGUUCCCAUGGCGAACAUGUUUCACUUAGAACAUGUGUUCUAUGUGGAGAAGAAGAAUCUUCUCAUCUGAUCUUUGGAAUUCUUGCCAGUGUUACCGAUGCAGCAACGUUGUGGAAAAUUCCCGUUGAUGAUCUUCACACAGACUUGGCAUUCAGAUCAUGGGACUCACAGAGCACGAUGAAAGCUGGUCAGAUUUACGGGAAGGGAUAUAGUGGCUUUUCAGAAGAUGACUCCGCAUUUUCAAAAAGUAGGGUUAUGGCUCAAGUAUUCUCUACCUGUGGCCAUGGAAUGCACUAUGAUUGUUAUAUUAGAGAUAGUCCUGGUUCACAACACUAUGCUUGUCCACUAUGUCACAAUUUGCAAGACAUAUUUGUUCCUACCUUCCUUCCUCCAGCCGAUGGAGGAGGAUUUUCUCAAGCAGAAAUCGUCAGGCUGGAGUUGUACUCGAAAUACAACAAGAUCACGAGCUCCGUUGGCUUGUAUAAACUGAAGAAGAUAAUUGAAUCUUUUGUUAGUGACAAGUACUACGGAGAUAAAAAUUUCGAUGUAUACGGAAAAAUCUUAUCUGAGCAGUUGUUCCAUCAUACUAGCGAUACUCGGUAUUUGGUUGGCAUCAACAAUAACGAGAAAUUCUUCAACCAUAUCAUGAAAGUGAACGUUUUGAUAGCCGACACAAUCAGAAUGAAUGAGAUUGCGAGUCGUUUGAGUGGAGAGAAGAGCUUGUCUAACUUCUUGGGCCAGAUUUCUGGUUCAGUGAAGACAUUAAUUAAGACUUUGAUACAGUGUCGUGCCGUCAUGUAUGAAUGCAGAAGCAAUUCUCAUCUCUUGGGUACAUCCUACGAUCUCCAAUUUGAAGUUAACUCCUUCUGGAAUUCUGACAACCUACUUGAUGGAAUCUUCAACGAAGUAGUAACGCUCUUCUUUCAGACAGACGAGUCCAUAACUACCUUGGCAAGACUAGGAUUGACCAAGUUGGUGACAAUUGCUACAUUCGCUUUGAUUAAAAGACUAAAUGAUCCCAUUCAUGGUGAAAAUUUCAAAAGCUACCUCAUAAGUACACCACUAGAAUUAAAUCUGCAGACAAGCGAUGCAUUGGUUAUUCUUCUUGGAAAUGUAGUGUUGGAUCUGGGUUCUGACAUUGACUCAAACAAUAAACAGUUGCUCGUAUCCAUCUAUUGCAGUCUUGAAAGAUUGCUCUUGCCAUAUCUCAGGCAGAUGGUGAUCUUGGUAGACUUACUUACGUCUAAGAAUUUUGGUGAAAACACUCACGAGAGCUUGCCUGAAUUUAAUAAUUUGGAAAGUGAAGUAUUGAAGCAAACGCGUAUUGACUCAGCUGAUGCACUUUGCCACGUAUUGAAUUUGCCCACUUUGGACCAAAUUGUAGCCAGUAUUGCUUUUGAAGGAAACGACCUUGACUACAACGUUUUUGAUGUUGUUUUAAGUGCAAAGAUUCCCAAAUAUAUCAACUCCGGAAUCCUCACUCUCCAGUAUCCUGCUGUAGUGAAGUUGAUCGAAUUGCCCGAAGACUAUACAUCGUGUAUUACGGAGACUUAUUCAGAUAAACGUGGCUACGAUAGAAUCAUCUGUUUGUCUUGUGGUGACUUACUCAAGAGCACCAGGUUUGCAUUUCAUAUGUCUGAAUGCUGUAGCCAUACCAAUGUCUUCUUUCUUCCCAGAUUGAACGUGCUUAGAAUUUGUACUCAUAUCGGGCACAAUCGCAUCAGCAUUGAAAUUCCUGCUCCCUACUUGACAGCCCAUGGUGAAGUCAAGAAGAAGAGAGUCAACGGUAAGGCUACGUUGAAUACCUACAGGUACCAGUACUUGAACAAGUUGUGGCUCGACCAAGGGUUAUAUGGAUUUGUUACUAGAAACCUAUUUGGAACCAGACAGUCAUUGGAUGACUUGAACAUCGACGUUGGAAGGAACGAUGACGCAGAAGACUUCUACGAUGACAGUGACCAAUUAGAUGAUGAGGUAUUUGGAGAAGUAAAUAGCUUCAUCUGGUAAGUAUUUAUUCUAUUUAUUGAUAGAUUUAACAUGGGCUAAACUGAAAUGUACAAUAAUUUACAA